AUGGCUCCUAAGCGUAGACUCAGCAAAGCUUCUAAGAAGGGUCUGGCAUCUGGUAGUGACGCUCCCCUGGUGGACCAUCCGUAUGUUGCCUGGAUGAAGAAGCGCCAGGCGGAAGGAGAUCGGCGGGGACGCCUUCGCAACGAGUGUGCUGAGACUCGUGACGGGGAACCCUUCGGCGACCCGGACAAUCAGCCAAGCAAGGCUCCGGCUGAGGACAAUGAAGCCUCCUCGUCUUCUGAUCGGAAGGAGUUCGACGCGUUUGAAAGUAGCGACAGCGAGGCGGAUUCCGACGCUUCGCUCGACACACCACAAAACGACUUUGAUGGAGCCGACGAGGACAACAAAAUCGCGGACGAAGGACCUGUGGCUGCGGAUGACAUCGGAAAUUCCGCCCAGAAGCGUGGAGGGGAGCGUCCUAAGAAGAAACGCAAGGUCUGGUCAGAAUUCGAGAUGACAAAGAUGGCCACCGCUCGUUGGUUCGCGCGUGAAGAUUUGAAGGCAAUGCAAGGGAAACAGGGGGCCCAGUAUUGGAAGAAGCUCUGUAGGCACAUCCGCAAGGCGAACAAGAAUUGGGUUCGCAAAUCGGAGGCCAUGAAGCAGCAGUGGAAGCGGAUGGAGCGCGAAUUCAAGGAGAUCAACGAUGCUUUGAACGUGUCAGGCAACGCCAACAUCGUCAGGCCACCGUGGUUUACCUAUAUGGAAGAUCUGAGGGCAGGAUCUGCUGCCGUUGACCCCCAUGUUGUGGAUGGGGGUGGCGCCGUCGAGGACCAUGCUGAUCCUAACGCGACCAUGGAGCCUCCAUCCAUUGCGACAGCUACUCAGCAAGUGCCCAUGCCGAUUCGUAGCAAGCACGUGGCAGAAAGUGCGACCAUGACUGGGGCGAAGCUCAUCGCGGACACCCUGAAGGCAUGUAACCAGGAAGGCCUUGCUAAGCUGGACUAG